UCGUCUCUGUCUCCUUCGUCUUCAUUCAUUUCAAAAGCAUCAAUUAACCCAAACAAAGUAACCUUUUUCUUUCUCUUGUACCAUUCUCAUGUAGGUUUUGCUCUUCGAAGGUCAUAACUCGAUACUCUUAACUCACCGUUGACUCGUUCGAGUUUCAAACCCCAAUGGCUAGUAACAACAACAACCCUCAUGACAACCUUUCUGACCAAACACCUUCUGAUGACUUCUUCGAGCAAAUCCUCGGUCUCCCCAACUUCUCAGCCUCUUCAUCCGACGGUGGGUUAGGCGGAGGAGGAGCACCGCCGAUGAUGCUGCAGCUGGGUUCAGGGGAGGAAGGAGGUCACAUGGGUGGGUUAGGAGGAGGAAGUGGACCAACUGGGUUUCACAACCAGAUGUUUCCUCUGGGUUUGAGUCUUGAACAAGGCAAAGGACCUGGCUUUCUUAGACCUGAAGUUGGUGGUCUUGGAACUGGGAAACGUUUCUCUGAUGAUGUCAUGAAACCUGUUUUCCACGGGCAGCCGAUGCAACAGCCAGCACCACCGGCGCCACAUCAGCCUACAUCAAUCCGUCCUAGGGUUCGAGCUAGGCGUGGUCAGGCUACUGACCCACAUAGCAUAGCUGAAAGGCUUCGUAGGGAAAGAAUAGCGGAACGGAUCAGGGCGUUGCAAGAGCUUGUACCUACUGUUAACAAGACAGAUAGAGCUGCUAUGAUCGAUGAGAUUGUGGACUAUGUAAAGUUUCUCAGGCUCCAAGUUAAGGUUUUGAGCAUGAGUCGUCUUGGUGGAGCCGGUGCAGUUGCUCCACUUGUUACUGAUAUGCCUUUGUCAUCAUCAGUUGAGGAUGAAACUAGUGACGGUGGAAGGACACCACAACCCGCGUGGGAGAAAUGGUCCAACGAUGGCACUGAACGUCAAGUGGCUAAACUGAUGGAAGAAAAUGUUGGAGCAGCCAUGCAGCUUCUCCAAUCUAAGGCUCUUUGUAUGAUGCCAAUCUCAUUGGCUAUGGCUAUUUACCAUUCUCAGCCUCCAGAUACGUCUUCAGUGGUUAAGCCUGAGACGAAUCCUCCUCCGCCGUAGGAUUUUUUUAGUGCAAGUGAGGGUUUUGUACAGCAAUCCAACAUGGCUUUGGCUUUCUACUACUGAGCAUGGCUCUGUUGUCUUGCUGUUUCUUCUCCCUCCCACUAUCACUUGUUUGGUCUGAUUGGAAAUAAAAGCUUUGGAGAUGGAAUCAUUUGCAGUAGAAGGGAGGGUUUGUCAAAAAGCUCAGUUGAUUAAAUAUGAUUUGUUAUCAUAUUACCUUUUAUUUUCUAGGUGGACUUUGAUGAAAGCAACUUUAUGUUUUCAUGACUUUAGUGGGAGGUUGAGGAAGGAGCUUGAAGGGGUAUUUUAGCAGUAGUAGUUGUGUGGGACCUUGUUGAAUGUUAUCUGCAAAUUGAAAGAAAAAUAAAGUAUUUGAAUAAGUUUACCGUUGUAUUAUUAUUUAUUUUAUAUGAAUUGCUUUAUUUUA